AUGGCGCCCCACGUGGCAACUCUUAAGGAACAGCUGAUUCAGAGCCUUCUUAACCUUCUUAAGCAAGACCACCCUCACCCCACCCUCAGAAUUAAGAUUACAGUUGUUGGGGUUGGUGCUGUUGGCAUGGCCUGGGCCAUCACUAUCUUAAUGAAGGGCUUGGCAGAUGAACGUGCUCUUGUUGAGGUCAUGGAAGACAAAUUGAAGGGAGAGAUGAUGGAUCUCCAGCACAGCAGCCUUUUCCGUAGAACGCCCAAAUUUGUCUCUGGCAAAGGCUAUAACGGGACUGCAAACUCUAAGCUGGUUAUUAUCACGGCCGGGGCACGUCAGCAGGAGGGAGAAAACCAUCCCAAUUUGGCCCAGCGUAACAUAAACAUCUCUCAAUUUAUCAUCCCUAAUACUGUAAAAACCAGCUCAAACUGCAAGUUGCUUGUUUCCAGUCCAGGGGAUAUCUGGAUCUGUGGCUUUCCCCAAAACCAUGUUAUUGGAAGUGGCUGCAAUCUGGAUUCAAACUGGUUCCAUUAUCUAAUGGGAGGAAGGCUGGGAGUCCUCCCGUUAAGCUUCCACGCGUGGGUCCUUGGGAAGCAUGGAGGUUCUAGAGUGCCUACACGGAGUGGAGUAAAUGUUGCUGGUGCCUCCCUAAACACUCAGAACUUCCGAAUUCUCAUGGAGAAAUCUCAUGGAGUCAUGGGAACGCCAAGUGCAGUGGCCCAAGUCAUCAUCCCAGUGUUUGGCACCAGCUUUGUGGGUGCUGAUCGGCAGCCGCCAGCCACCGUAGUGACUCCUAGAUGUCUGGAUUCCAGCUUCGGGGGCGCUUCUGAAUUCAGGAUAUUCUCGCUGCUAACACUGUCCCUUAAUUAA